UUAGGACAGAUGUCAUUGAAAGGGAUUGUGUCCGCACAAAAUGAAGGGAACUCUCAUUCUGGUGUCUCUGCUUGUCUCCUGGGUGUGUGGGCCUGCUGCAACAGCAGUGCUGGAUCCAGACGUCCCCUCUGAAGAUGGACACGGCACAGAGAACAGUAACGAGAUUCAGAACUACAGCAACCAGAGUGCACCAGAGGUCUGUCAGCUCAGCACCUGUGAGCUCCUGCUUAGGGCGCUGGGGACCAUGCAGGGGAGGAUGAGGGCCAUGGAGACCAGGCUGGAGGCCAGCGACACAAAAGCAGUGGCCAUGGAGACAAAAGCAGUGGCCAUGGAGACAAAAGCAGUGGCCAUGGAGACGAGGCUGGAGGCCAGUGAGACAAAAGCAGUGGCCAUGGAGAGUGAGAUUGAGCAGUUAAAGAGGGCAAAUGCAGACAAGGUAGCAUUCUCCGCUUCUGUUGGGGGUGAUGAAUACCAGACAGGACCUUAUAAUGUACGAACACAUCUAAAAUACAAGAAUGUGCUCACCAACCUAGGCAAUGCCUACAAUCCAUCCACAGGAGUAUUUGUUGCCCCAGUCAGAGGAAUGUACUAUUUCUACUUCUGCUACCAUGCUGGUCAACAGAACAGGGGAGCUUUGUCCUUACACAAGAAUGAUCAGAUCAUAGCCACUACUUCACAUCGUACAGCAGAGAGCGGUAUGACAGAAAACGGAUCCAGUGGUGCUGCAUUGCAACUGGAGGUGGAUGAUCAUGUCUAUGUCAUUCUUCAUGGUAACAGCUGGGUUUGGGAUGGAUCAUACCAUGAGACUAUGCUCACUGGCUUUCUGGUCACCCGGUUGUGAUAUGUACAAACUGCGCUAAACUGUAUUUGAAACACAUUUAUGUAUCUUCAGACAGUUCGUCAAAAAGUUAAUAUUUGAGAGUAAUUGACAAACAUUGCAAAAUAAUGAAUGUGAAUCACUACAAUUCAGAAUCUGAUUAAAUAAAGGCAAAGCAGUUAUGUUCUCUGUGUGUUGAUGAGUUAUGUUGAGGACCUGAUCACUUCUUCUAGGAUUUAUUGCGUGUACAAGUUUACAAGUAACCCAAUGUGUUGAGUUGAAUAUACCGCAAGUGUCAAUUCAGUGUUCCUGAAUCUAUGCAUUCAUAUUAAAUAUUUACCAAGGUACUAAAUGCUAA